AUGCUGUCCAACACUACAGUCUCAUCCCUUGUCGACAUCGACCAGCUUCUUUGCGGUAGAAUCAGCUCUAUCGGCGUCCCUGUUGGUGAAUUGCCACGUACCUUGGACAUCGUCAAACCCCUCCUCAAGCGUGAGCUGCAAUCCCGUGUUAUUCACGAGGGUGUCGGCAACGCAGUUCAAUUGCAGUUCAAGAACUCCAUUUUCAACCAAAUCGUUCCUCGAACCAAUAUCGAGGUAGAAAGCCUUGGAUUGAUCAAAAAACGAGUCAAGUGGACUGAAGAGUCUGACUCAGAGACCGACGGACUGGAGGAUGAUGAAGGCUCGGCCACAGAGAUUGAUGAGGACAUAGAGGACGACGACGACGAUACAGAUAAUGGCGGUGGCUCAAAGCUCAAUUAUGAGGGUUCACUCAGGUCCACGAUCCUUGGAAAAGAUGAACUACUCGAAGGGAGUUGGGAUGGCCAAGACUUUCAAGCUGGAUCGAAGAAAAGACGACGACGGGUGGUGCACACUACCGAGACAGACCUUCAGCGGCUCUUUUAUACCAUACAGUACCACUUGCGCAACUCACUGAAGGACAACAUCCCCUACACAUUUGCGAUGGGGGCCCGGUACUGGACUGCAGAGUUUUCUACCACUGCUAUUCCAGACUCUUUCAACGCCCAGAAGCCUGAUUUAUCCCUGUUCGACUUCACACUCCUGAAGGAAAAUAAGUCGUGGGCGAAUGUCCUGGCCUUUGUGGAGCACACCUCUUCUGAUCUUUCCAAGAAUAGAGGUUUAGCAGUGUAUUGGGGGUCAGCAAUUAAAGCAUAUUUAAUCAUGCGAGAACAACCAUGGCGUCGAUUCGUACUUGCCUACUCAAUCUGCGCGAAUAUGCUCCGUGCACAUUAUUUCGACCACUCUGGCGUCAUCAUAUCCCUUCCUUUCAACAUUCACAAGUCUCCCGGCUCUAUACACCUCUGCGAUGCAUUAGCUGCCCUCACACUUCCGGAUAGCCGCCACCUGGAUCUUGAUCCCACUAUUCACAUGUGUCACGCUGCGUGCAAUGGCACCCAUGUCGAUCUUGCAGAUGGGGCGAUAGGCUGGGUGGAAGACAACAAUAACAAUGUCUAUUCGAUCAUGGCUGUGCUGUGGAAGAGCCAUGGGUUUUUCUGUAGGGGAAUGGUCUGUUAUCGUGUUAGAAACAAGGAAGGAACGGAGUACACUCUGAAAGAUUGUUGGGUGGAGGAGUCAAAAAAAAUGCACGAACCAACCGUCCUGAGGAUGGUCAAGGGUAUUCCUAACGUUGUAGAACUCAUUGACGAUUGGGAUGUUUAUCACGAGGGGCAGCCUGAUUGCACGGCACGUAUUCGCAAGAUAUAUGACCAGGAUCAAUGA